AUGGCAGCUGCUCCCGGUCAGUGGCAGCAGAAGGCCGCCGACCUCAUGGACAAGACGGAAAUUAUUGCCUCGGAGCCUCAUGCGCUCCAGGCACUGAUCGAUCCAUACCUUCCCGAGAAGGAGGACCAGCCAACUGGCUCCACGAGCGUGAUUGCAUUGCUUCAGAAGCAGCUUCAGCGCGAAGCGGCCACUGGCUGGGAACUUUCUUGCCUUCCUAGACCUUGGAAACUGCCACUAGAGGAGAUCGAGGCACAGGAGAAGCUGGACAGUGCCACAAAGCACAACCUCCCGUCCAUCUCGGUCCCUGAGAAGAUCGUUGCUGGCUCUCGGCCUUUGUUCCCCGAAGUAUACUUCUCAGUAUACAGCAAUCAAGACGUCGAGUCUGUGCCGCCUGUGACGGACAUCGCUGCCUCACUGGUCAGAGACGGGUUGGUUGAUACUAUUAACAUUCUUGACUACAACCGUAACGUCACUGCACGGUAUCUCAUUGACCUAGAUUGUUACUUCUCCGACACUACCUUUGUCAAGCGAGCAACCCCUUUUGAUAGACUUAGAGACAUUGAGGCUGGCCGCUCAACGUGGAAGCCCGAGGAUGUAGCCGUCGAUGCCGUUUUUUCGCAGCUUUUUCAACUUCCCACUCCUGAGCACAAGCUUGUUUACUACCACUCGGUCCUUACCGAGGCUUGCAAGAUUGCGCCCGCAGCCAUCGCACCCAGCUUGGGUCGAGCAAUUCGGCAUAUGUACCGCAACUCGAGCCGUAUGGACCUUGAACUCUCGCAGAGAUUCGUUGACUGGUUCUCGCAUCACCUCAGCAACUUUGGCUUUACCUGGAAGUGGACGGAGUGGGUAGACGAUGUUUACCUUCCUGACCUGCAUCCCCAGAAGGCGUUCAUAAUUGGGGCUUUGGACAAGGAAAUCCGACUCAGUUUCGCCCAGCGUAUCAAGGGUACGCUUCCUGAGCCCUACCAACCUCUGAUUGGACCCGAGAAGGAGAAGGAUGUUCCUGAUUUCAAGUUCAACGACGACAGCACUCCAUUUGCUGCCGAGGGUCGCGAAAUCGCCGCGUUGCUGAGACGCAAAGCGCCGGACGAAGAGUUCCAGCCGAUCAUUGAACGGAUUCACUCACUUGCGAUAGAGCGCAGUCUGGAUCCUUUGGUGACAAGCACCGACAUAUUUGUCACGGCUGUCUGCUGGGUUGGAUCCAAGUCGCUCAGUCACGUCCUGGCGUGUAUCGAGCGCACCAAGGACCGUCUGCUCGAUGUUGGCGCGGCAUCCGAGGUGGCUAAGGCCCAAAUCAUCACCGCAGUCAUGUCGUACUGGGCGGCACAGCCCGGCGUUGCCAUCUCGAUUGUUGAAAAGCUCUUGAACUACUCGAUUCUGCUUCCCAUCACAGUCAUCGACUGGGCUCUUGUGGGCAGCAGUCACGUCGAGGGACAGGCUUCGGGUGACGCCUUGGCGCAACCGCAUGUCUUUGAGUUGGUGUUUGGAACCGUGGCCAAGGUGACAGGGCGCGUCAGACAGUUGCUGACAAAGGAAGCCGAGGCGGACGAAGAAGCGAAAGAGAGGGAGACAAAAGCCAUGCGUGAUCUCUUCAGAGCAAUGGAUGAUGCUUUGGUGAGCUGGGCCUCGGGCAGCAAGGACGAGAUGAUGGAGGAAAUGGAUGGCGCCGGCCAACGCGACGCCCUCCUCCGCCGAUGGGGGGAAAGAUGGCUGAGAGUGUUCCGGCGACGAUCAGCCAUUGAGGAAGCCUUCAUUUUGGAGGCGAAUAAGGAGCAAGUUGUCGCUGCAAACGAAGUCUAA